GCCAAUACAUCGAUACGACAAUGUUUGAAUAUGGUAAGCUAUUCUUAUUUCUCUACUUAUGCAGUUCCCUUCACCCAUCCACCGCACUUUACCUAGUUAGUUGCUGCUUUUUAUAUUCUACAGCUCCUAUACUUAAAACUGUGCGGAAGAACAAACUUCCACUCCAUGUCUUACACUUUACCAGCUUUUUAUAAGUGCUGCGUACUGUUUAAACAAUGGAGAUAUUAUAUGUUUUAAAGAAGAGUGUGUUUAUACUUAUACUCUUUUUUUUUCGUAUAGAAUUCGUAUCGUUGUGGCAAUAAGAAAGAAGUUGGUUUUUGACGACAAUACAGCAAC